AUGGAGGUCAUCCGCAGUCUGGAGCUGGCGACAGCAUCCCGGCAGUGCGACUUCCUCUUCGAGAACGUCGAUGCAGCCGAUGCGGAUCUGUGCCAGCCAGCUGGCCAGGGCGAUCGGCCCCAGGUCAAGCUGGGCGCAGACCAAGGGGCGACCUCCACGUGGCUUGCGCCAGGCGCGUCGCGGGCCAAUGGCGCAGACCCUGCAGCUCGCCCCCCCACGGCAGUGCGCCGCGAGAGGCGGUCCGAGCCUCGGCCCAGGCCUGCCGGCAUCACCCAGUGCGACGACGCCGCGCUGGCCCGCCGGACCGAGGACGAGUUCAGCCUGCCGCCGCACCAGUACAUUGAGAAGCUUUGCAUCCUCAACCGAGGCCAGCUUCGCCCGCCCUCGGCCGAGGAGAGGGAGGUGCUCAUGGGGCGCCGCAAGGGCCUCACCAAGGUGGCGGGGUGGCUGCCCGGGCACCUCGCAACGCAGUGGGGACACCUGCCAGCGCCGCCGUCGGUGGACGAGCUGCGCGACGAGACCCGACCGCGCCUGGCAGGCCCCCUCGUCACUCGCGGGUUCGCCCCAGAUCAGGCCUUGGUGCUCGAUGUCAUGAGGUCCACUGGCACCAGGGACAGCGACGUCCGCACGUCGACGGGCGAGCUGUUUCAUCCGUCGGGGUGGCCGAGGCAGCCAAUUUCUCCAGGAUGGCGGCGCCGGCGCACGGCGGCGCAGUUCAGCUGGCGCGAGGCUGCUCAUAUCAACGAAGUUGAGAUGAGGGCAUUCCUCUCAGCACUCAAGUGGCGACUUAGUGCAGAGACGAACCACGAACGCAAGUUUCUGCACGCGCUGGACAGCCAGGUCUCCAUCGCCGCGCUUGCCAAGUUUCGUUCGGGAAGCAUACAGCUGAAUGGAGUGGCUCGCAAAGUUGCAGCGUUGGUCAUGGCCUUGGGCAGCGCGGCCGCCCCAGGGUUCUGUCGGACCGGCGACAACCCGGCAGACGCCCCCAGCCGCCAGAACAAGCGUCGGCCGUCGGCGGCGGGGCCAUGCCAGCCCGGCGAGCACUUGCGAUUCUACCUAGAGCACUUGGCUGGAGCGCGAGUUGCAAGCGACACGCUGAGCGGCGCGCAGUUCUGCCUCAGCCGCAGGCGGGCGUUCCCUGGCGCUUGGGACCUGUUCCGCGCGCGGAAUCGCAUCGAGGUGCCCGACCGCACACCGCCGCUCACAUCGAGCAUGCCCCUUGCGCUCGGCCACUGGAUGUGGGCCCAGGGCCGGCGCGACGCGGCCAUUGUCACGAUCAUGUUCGCGAUGGCAUACGAGCACGCGGCUGUCGGCGCGAUGGGCACCAGUGCCAUCGCGCCCCCGCGGUCGAAGAGCGGCGUCAGGCGCGGAGCCAAGGGGUUCAUCACCGUCGACGAUCCUGCUGCUGGCCGUGCUCUGGCGUCGCUGAGAGGGCGCAGGCGCGCUGGCACUCGGCUCUUGGAUGGGACGGGGGCCCAAUACCGCAGCCUUUUCGAGCAGGGCCGCGCGGCGCUGGGCUCGCAGCAGUUGGGGCUGAAGCCCUGCAACCUGCGCCGAGGCGGCGCGACGCACGACAUGAUGACCCAUGGCGACAUGUCGAGGACUGCGCAUCGUGGGCAAUGGAACGACGCCCGCACCAGCCGCAUACACAUAAAUGACAGGCUCGCCGCUCUAGCACAGCAGGUGAUCGACCAGAACAGUAGCAGCGCGCUGAAUCAGCGCGCGAAUGAGUUUGCGAGGGGGUGCCCGGAGGACAGGUGCUGCAAUCCCGAGCUGGCUAAGGCCUCGGCCAGGGCGGGCGCUGGCGCCCACCGGCGCGCGCAGGGAGCCCCCCACGGCGCGCCGGCGCGCGCCCGCGCGGGGCGUCGCGCCGCGAGGCGGCCGUCCGCCCAAGGGAUGAAGCGCGACUACGACCACCUCUUCAAGGUGGUGCUGAUCGGAGACUCGAACGCCGGCAAGUCCUCGCUGCUCCUGCGCUUUGCGGAUGACACCUUCUCGGAGAGCUACAUCACCACCAUCGGAGUGGACUUCCGCUUCAAGACCAUAACCGUUGAUGGAAAGACUAUCAAGCUGCAGAUUUGGGAUACCGCUGGACAGGAGCGCUUCCGGACUAUCACGAGUGCAUAUUAUCGCGGUGCGGACGGAAUUGUCAUGGUAUACGAUGUCACCGACGCGGACUCCUUCAACCACGUGAACGAUUGGGUGACUGAAGUGAACAGGUACGUGAACGAGUCCACCUGCAAGAUGCUGAUCGGCAACAAGUGCGACCUGACGGAGGAGCGCCAGGUGUCCCCCGAGGAGGGCAGGAAGAAGGCGGAGGAGCUCGGCAUGGGCUUUGUGGAGACCUCCGCCAAGGCGGCCACCAACGUGGCGGAGGCGUUCCAGGACGCCGCGUCCGUGGAGCUCAUCGCCAAGCGGCAGUCGGCCGCCGCCGCGCCGCGGCAGCAGGCAGCGGUGCCCCCACCCCGCCCUCCUCUGCAGCGGAGGAGCGGCCCGGCGGCCAGGCGGGGUGCUGCCAGGGCGGCCAAGCGGCCUCCGGCCGCUGAGGGGACCAGCGGCGGCAGAGGGGCAGCCUCGGGGGGGGAGCGCGGGGCCGCGCGCGACGGCACCGCUGCGAUUUCCUCCCCUUUCCUUUUUGUCGAGAAGGGGAUCGACUAAAUCAAAAUUGGGGUAAACCAAUUCUGUAGUCGAUCCCCUGCUCCCAUUUUCCCAUUUUCGAAGGCCUGUAAUCUAGGCCUCCCACAUGGGGUCGGAUCGGACACAAUUGAGGAGGCGUGUAUGCCUCCAUGGAGCUUGUCCGCGCGGAGCUCCGACAAUUCGUGCCUGUGCUGCACCACCUCCUCCGCGUGAGGGCGGGCGGACUCGGCAGGAGGCCCACUUGCGCCCGCCUGCACUGCCGCAGCCAGGCGGUUCGCGCCUUGGAGCCGCGCGCCGUGCUCUGGCCUUGGGCCGCCCGCCGAGCCCGCUGGCGGCCCUGGCGGCGCGCGGGGUGCCCAAGCCUCCCGAAGCUUAGGCGGGGGGCCUGGCGAAAAGUCCUCGGCGCGGCGGGGGGACCUGGCGCAAAGCCCUGG